AUGAACUUUUUACGUAAAAGAAGGUCAUCUGAAGAUGAUGAUGACGAUGAUGAUAUUUUAAACAAUGAUCCACAGAGUGCAAUUCAUAAAUCAAGAAAACCACCAAAUACAGCAUUUAGACAACAAAGAUUAAAAGCAUGGCAACCCAUAUUAACUCCUAAAUCGGUCAUACCCUUGUUAAUUCUAUUGGCAAUAAUAUUUACCCCCUUAGGUAUAGCUAUAAUUUUCACAACAUAUAACGUCAAAGAACUCAAUGUCGAUUACUCCAGGUGCGCUGAAGAAGCGUCAACAGAUGAUUUCACUAGUAUCCCAAAGAAAUACACUGGAUACCAUCAAAGUCUGAACCCUGGAUUCAAAUGGAAAUUAGAAAAUGAUAAUACUUGUGUUAUUCAAUUUGAUGUUGCUGGGGAUUGGAAACCACCUAUUUUCUUGUACUAUAAAUUGACAAAUUUUUAUCAAAACCAUCGUAAAUAUGUCGAAAGUUAUGAUUUGGGACAAUUGAGAGGACAAGCUUUAUCAAGUGAUGAUACCACUGAUAAUUGUAAACCUUUGAAACAUCGUGAAUACAAUGGUGAAAAGAAAUUGAUUUAUCCAUGCGGGUUGAUUGCCAAUAGUUAUUUCAAUGAUACUAUAUCUGAUGCAGUGUUAUUGAAUACAAGAACUGGUCAGAACAAUGAAACCUAUCUUUUCAGUGAUGAAGGUAUCUCAUGGCCCCUGGAUCGUAGUCAUAAAUUUAAGAAAACAUCGUAUAAGCCAGAUGAAGUUGUUCCACCACCAAACUGGGAUGCCAUGUUCCCUGAUGGAUAUACUGAAGACAAUAUGCCAGAUUUACAUACCUGGGAACACUUGCAGAAUUGGAUGAGAACUGCUGCUCUACCUACAUUUUACAAAUUGUAUGGUCAAAACAAAACUGAAGUAAUGACAGAAGGUACAUACCAUAUCAGUAUUGAGAUGAAUUACCCUGUGGAAAUCUUUGGUGGUACCAAGAGUUUGGUGAUCACGACAAAUACUAUUUUUGGGGGAAGAAAUAUGAGUCUUGGAGUUAUUUACAUCAUCAUUGCCGUAGUUGCUUUGGUAUUGGGUGUUGCUUUCUUGGUACAAUACUUGAUCAAACCAAGAAAAGUUGGUGACCACAAUUAUUUACAAGACUCCAGUGGUGGUGACAUAACCAACUACAGGGAACAAUUGUAA